GGUAUUGCCUGGUGAAGUACACUCAUAGGAGCGGUAGCGAAAUUUGUGCUUUUCUUUUCCGUUAUUUCAAGACAGUGCACUCUCUUUGUGAUUGUAAGAAGGGCCUUCAGAAGGAAUUUAGAAUCAUGUCUGAGACAGACUUUGAUAAGGCUGCCGAGGAGGUGAAGAACCUGAAGGCCAAGCCAGCAGAUGCAGAAAUGCUCAGGGUCUACGCUCUGUUCAAACAGGCCAAAGUGGGCGACAUCAACACCGCUCGCCCUGGGAUGCUGGACUUCACUGGCAAAGCCAAGUGGGAUGCCUGGGAGAAGGAAAAAGGCAAGAGCCAAGAAGCUGCCAGGAAGGAGUACAUUGACUUCGUAGAGGAGCUGAAAGGGAAGUACGGAAUCUAAGAACUGACUGUGGUCCGCCCACAGCUCAUCCCUAUUCGAUGCCAUAAGCUCCAGGAAAAUGCCCAUUUCUGCAAGACCUGGGGCAAAUACAUAUGUCAAAUACUUUAUAAUACUAGAGGUGUAUCUGGUUUAUUAUGCCGCGCAAUUGGAGUUGGAGCACCUUUUAAAUGUGGUUGGAACACUUUUUAGACUAUUUAAACGGUUCUGUAGAACUAGCUAAAUCAAGCACACCGCAAGUAUUUUACAUAGGUUUUUGACCCGGGUAUGUUGGCUCCUGUGUAAUGUGAACAAUGUGAAUGCCUAGCAUGAAGUGCCUGUGGUCACACGGAGAAUACUGGACCCUGGAAAUGCCCCCACGGACAGAGAUGUGCUGUCUUCCACCAGCAACCUCCUUGUGAAUUUUUCAAUUGGUUCUUAAGCUCCAGAAUUUUAUAAAAUUUGAAUAAUUCUAAACA